CACAUGCAGUGGGCGGGACGUCACUGGGAAUCAGGAACAAUCUACAUGAUUGUAUUUGCUAAUGCUCCUGCCUUAGGUUAUAGUGCAUUCAUCUUAUAUCUUUCCACCUAAAAGAAAUGCCAACAUGGGCUCCACAUGUGAAAUGAACGCCGCGGUGAGUGUUUGGAGAAGACUGCCUCUGUUUGUUUUGGCGAGCUCCCUCUGCUUGUGCCUGAGCAGAGCUGAAGACAGUGCGAUGGAGAACAUCGUGACAGAGAAGAAAGCUGAGGAAAGCCACAGACAAGACAGUGCCGACCUGCUGAUCUUUAUCCUGCUCCUCACCCUGACAAUCUUGACCAUAUGGUUGUUCAAACACCGCCGGUUCAGGUUUCUGCACGAGACUGGACUGGCUAUGAUAUAUGGGUUGCUUGUUGGUGUCGUCCUGCGUUAUGCUAUUCAUGUGCCCAGCAACAUGAACAAUGUUACAUUGAGCUGUAAUGUCAAUGCCAGUCCUGCCACACUGCUGAUGAAUGUCAGUGGUAAGUUUUAUGAGUACACACUGAAAGGAGAGAUCGGUGCCAAUGAAGUCAAUGACAUUCAGGACAACGAGAUGCUCCGCAAGGUGACCUUUGACCCAGAGGUCUUCUUCAAUAUUCUCUUGCCCCCCAUCAUUUUUCAUGCUGGAUACAGUUUAAAACGAAGACAUUUCUUCAGGAACUUGGGCUCCAUUCUUGUCUAUGCAUUUGUGGGAACCGUGGUGUCUUGUUUUAUCAUUGGGUUGUUAAUGUAUGGUUGCGUGACGCUGAUGAAGCAAAUUGGCCAUCUGGGUGGUGACUUCUUCUUCACUGAUUGCCUUUUCUUUGGUGCCAUUGUCUCAGCCACUGACCCAGUAACAGUUCUGGCCAUCUUCAAUGAGCUGCACGUGGAUUCUGACCUGUACGCUCUGCUGUUUGGAGAAAGUGUCCUGAAUGAUGCCGUCGCUGUCGUACUGUCCUCGUCAAUUGUAGCAUAUCAGCCUGAGGGAGACAACACUCACACGUUUGAAGCCAUGGCCAUGCUGAAGUCCUUUGGCAUCUUCCUGGGGGUCUUCAGUGGUUCUUUUGCUCUUGGAGUGGCAACUGGAGUCGUAACUGCCUUGGUUACUAAGUUCACUAAGCUUAGGGACUUGCCAUUGCUGGAGACGGCACUGUUCUUCCUUAUGUCCUGGAGCACAUUCCUACUCGCCGAGGCAUGUGGAUUUACAGGUGUGGUGGCGGUUCUGUUCUGUGGAAUGACACAGGCUCAUUACACCUUUAACAACCUGUCUCCUGAAUCUCAGGACAGGACGAAACAAUUAUUCGAGCUACUGAAUUUCCUAGCUGAGAACUUCAUAUUUUCCUACAUGGGCUUGACAUUGUUUACCUUCCAGAACCACGUCUUCAACCCGAUCUUCAUAGUGUUUGCAUUCCUGGCUGUGUUUCUGGGCAGAGCGGCGAACAUCUACCCCCUCUCCUUCCUGUUGAACUUGGGCCGUAAAAACAAGAUCAGCCCCAACUUCCAGCACAUGAUGAUGUUUGCAGGUCUUCGUGGCGCCAUGACUUUCGCCCUGUCAAUCAGAGACACGGCCACAUAUGCACGGCAGAUGAUGUUCUCCACCACGCUGCUGGUGGUUUUCUUCACCGUUUGGAUCUGCGGUGGAGGCACAACUCAGAUGCUGUCCUGCCAGAAAAUCCGUGUUGGAGUGGACGCAGAUCAGGAGAACACUAUCGGCCCUGAUGGAGUGGAGUGUAGGAGCACCAAACAUGAGAGCGCCUGGCCCUUCAGGAUCUGGUAUAACUUUGAUCACAAUUAUCUGAAGCCCAUUUUGACUCAUAGUGGACCACCACUCACUGCCACACUUCCUACCUGCUGUGGCCCUCUGGCACGCUGCCUCACCAGCCCACAGGCGUAUGAGAAUGAGGGGCAGCUGAAAGACGACGACUCUGACCUGAUCCUGAAUGACGGUGACAUCAAUCUGACGUACGGUGACAUCACCGUGAGCACAGAUGCUACAGGUGCUCACACGAGCGGUACGACCGUCGGAGGAGUGGCCAUGAACUCUGACGAGGCUCUGGAUCGAGAGCUGGCAUUCGGCGACCAUGAGCUGGUGAUCCGAGGCACCCGAUUGGUCCUGCCCAUGGAUGAUUCGGAGCCCCCGCUGCCUCUUGACUCCCGCCACCGGCACAAGUACGAAACGAUGAGUUGAACGGGGCAAUCGGUGACCGAACGAGUCUCUCUUCUCUCUAUCAUCUCUCAUCCGGAGCGAUCUCUCUCAGCACCUCUCCUGUCUCUGAAGUGGCUGGUUUGAUGUCUCUACCUCAUUCGUCCCUCUUUCUUUUACAUCAUCACAGAAAUGUAAAUUAUUUAUCCACUUCUCUUCUGCAAACCAUUAUGUUUUUUUUCUUUUUCUUUUUUGUUUUCAGUGACUCUUCCGCUAACCAGACCACUUAGCAUCUUACAUCACGGAUUGGAAGCAUGCUUUGGUUUCUCUAAGGUUAUCAUGACAACAGAAUAAGCAUACUUUUAUUGUCUGUAUAGCAAGGCGUAAAAUUGCCGUGACCUGGCCUGCAUGCUUAUUUGUGUCCUCUCUUGACGUGUGAGCGCUUGUUUAGGAGAUGUGAAAAGAGUCCGUGGCACAUUCCCGUGGGUCUGAAGCUUUUUACUGCCUUCUCUUGUUGUGACAGUCUGACAGAGGCGUGCUGACCGGUGGCUCUGCGUUUGCUGUGCAGUUACAAUCAAGUGCCUGUUGAAUGUAGUUUUCCCCCUUAGAGCAAAAUGACACUCUUUGUUGUCCACUAGAGGGAGGCCUUGUAUUUUCAUACGGUUUUGUUUGUGCGGGCGGACACCAUUCACUCAGAGUAACUUAUGAUUGGCUGUGGAGACAUGUUUGGAUCUUAUAUUGUGACCUUUGACUGUGAAUCUAUGGAGGUUUUUUACGCCUUGUUGUUCGUGUUAUUGUUCCGCCCAGUCAGAAGAUAGAGAGCCAUUCAUGUAGUGCAAUUUCUUUUCUUUUUUUUUCUUUUUUUUUUUGAUGUUGUUGUAACAUUUUUCUAAGGCAACUAAUUGCAUAUAGCUUUAAGAUAUUAUUUUUCCUUCUUUUUUAUGUAGUUAAAAAUGUUUAAUGAACAAAUGUCAUGUUUACCUAAGAAUAUUUUGACAUAUAAUACAUUGGUAUUACCCAAAAUAUAAUAAUAAUACAAAAAUAUUGCCCAUAACGUUUGUAGUUGGGCCGUCUAGCAUAAUGCAUUAAGAACUUGGGCGAUCAGUUUAAGGGAGAAAAAAAAAAAAAAAAAAAAAAAAAAAGGAAAUGGCAGAGGGAUUUAAGCCUUUUUCUUUUUUCCCUAAUUUUUGCAUGACUUGUUAUGUGGAGAAGCAUAACGCUCCAAGUUUCUUCCCAAAGUUGUUUUUGUGUGUUUAUGUUUUCUAACAAAUAGAAACUGCUUUAUAUAUCUUGAUCAGUGUAGAGCGUCGCACCGGCACUGUUGUGACUUUUACAUCGGUUGAAAUUAGAGUAAUUCUGUAGCUCUUCGGAUUUUAGAUUCAUUUUAAAAGGGCUGAAUGGAUAAAAGAAGUUUUAAUGUUCACACCUAUAGAAAGAAAAAAUGUACGAGGCAUCAAGUUUUGUCUAAUAAUUUCAGGCUUGACAACGUGACCAAUUGACAGGCAUCUGAAAACAUGUUUGGAUUUGUAUGCAGUUAUGAUCGCAGUGAAAUCAAUCUGCGUUAAUGGUAUUAUAGUAAGAUCUUUACAUUUAGACCUGCAUCCCAAUUUGCAUACUUUCCAUCAUCCCAAAUAGUAUGUGAGUGAGGAUUAGAAUUAGUGCAAAAACUAACUUCUUACAUCUUGCAGAAUUAAUAAGAUGUUUAGCUUUUUUGUUGUUGUUGUUUAAUCUGACAGAUAAGGAGCUGCAAAACUUAUGUUUAAGUGUAUUCCACUUAAAUUAUACACUAAUUCUGUUCAGAAGUUUACAUGCCCUUGAUUCGUCAUAUUGUUUGUUGCCUCAUAGAUCAACAGUGAUAGAUAUACUUAAAUCUGAUGGAUAUACUUAAAUUCUGCAAAGGGGUAUAUAAACUGAAAAUAAUUAAUUUUUAGGUUAUGAAUUGAAUACUUGAAUGCAAAAGCAAAGGGUACAUUAGGGGGUCUGUGGUAUUAACGCAAAUUUCAUGGUGUCCAAAAACUGUUGUACUGUUUUACUACAUACUUCAUAAUGUACUUUCCCAUCAUCAGUGAAGUAUAUACAUCAGGAGUGCAGUAGAAGUAUGUAAACUGGGAUGCUGCUAUGAUGAUGCAGGAAGGCAUGACCCAACAUGAUCAGAAAAUGAAGGAACAGAUCUUUUGUAAAAUUCAGUCUUUGUGUUUGUAAUUUCUCUUUUGUUUUCUGGCAGUUAGUGGACUGUGUAGAAACCGCCGUUGUUUGGAUGAGGGCCAGGGUGGCAUCAUUAACUGUGGAGCAGGAAGUGUUGAUAAGGCACCGCCCUGCCAACAAUGUCUGUGUGCUGGAAAGUUGUACACGUUCUGGAACGAGAGGAUGACGGCUGGUCAUGACAGUGGCACUGCACAGAUAUCUCCUGCUGUGCAGGAUCAUGUAAUGAGAGGCCACAGUAUUGUAAUAACAGUGUGUGUGUGUGUGUGUGUGUAUGUUUGAAUAGAUGCGGUAGAGUUAAGCAUUAUUAGCAGAUUUGCACUUUUAAUUUUUAAUUUGCAUUAAAAGAGAUAUCUGAGAAAUGCCUAUUACAACUUUAUAUUGUUUGUCAGAGCAUCAUAAGAUGAGCAAAUGAACUCCAAUACAGAUCAUGUCACUGCUUUUUGUCCUUUGAAUAAGAAAUCCAGACAUCCUGGUUAAUUCUUCUUUUGGGGAAAAAAAUGAUGUCAAGAAAAAAAAAGUGUUCAGUAUCUGUAAGCAGCAGCAGGAUUUCUUAAAUGUUUAUAUUUGUAGUACUGGAGAAUAAAGCUCGUUCCAUUCAGACAGCAAAUGAACUUAUAUGUGAAUCUAUGAAGUUGGAGUGUUAAUAAAUGGUACAGAUGCAUUAGUUUCUCAUCCAAACAAUGAGAUCUUCAGUUUAAGAGUGGACAGAACUGUGCAUCCCAGCUAGUCUAAAGUAGCAGAAGCAAGUUGAAUGGGCUUUAAUGAUGGUAAAUGUGCUGUUUGUUCUGGUACGUAGCUGUGUGUUAGUCACACUAUGUGCAGCUCUAACUCUGUUUUGCAGGUACUGACUGUUUACAUCUGUGUAAAUAUUCUCAUCUGUUCAUGUGUGUGCAAUGGUCAAUAAACUGAAGCCUGUGCUUUCAAUUAAAUGA